UUAUUUUAGUUUCUGAUUGUUCAUCAUCUAUUUUUUUUUCAAAUCAACAACUGAUUGAAGUUAUUAAAAAAAAUGGUAUUAGUUUAAAAAACAUAACAAACAAUAACUCAAGGGCAGUAAUUUUUGAUUUUUUAAAGCAAAAAUAUAAUGGAGCAAAUUGGAGUACUCAUUUUAUUAAAAAAGUUGAAAAAAGUAUAUUAGUAUUUUGUUUGGCUGCUUCUAGAAGAUGGACUAAGGUUAGUCGUCAUCAUGAAAGGUUUUUGAAAAAUUAUUCAGAAUGGCUUACUACACCAUUUAAAAUGCCUUCCAUUAAAAAAAAAUCUACUAAAACAAUACAGGGCCGACCUUUGGUUGAUUUAACUGAAUGUUCAGAACGAACAAUGCGGCGAAAAAUUAACUCUGCGUUAACUAUGACAUCAAUGACGUCACCUGAAAUUUUAUGUGCAGCAAAAAAAAAGUUAUUUGUGUCUGGAAAAAGAAAUGAGACUGCUUUAUUUAAUAAACUGUUGUUGUCUCCUAAUAGUGUCCCACAAAUGAAAAUGGCAAUUGAAGAUUCUUGUAACAAAGAACCUAUAUCUUAUACUGCUGAUGAAGCUUUAGCAUUUAUUGUAGACAAUCAACUUACAAAACAACAGUAUAUGAAUAUAAGAUUAGGAGCUAAAAAGAGGAAUUGCGAUAUUUAUCCAUCUUAUGAAAAAAUUUUUAGUGCUAAACAAAAAUGUUAUCCUGAUAAUGUUAAAAUUAGUGAAUCUGGUUGCAUAAUACCCUUGCAGAAUCUUUUAGAUCACACAACUAAAAGAAUUUUUCAAAUACCAGCUAUCAACGAGGUAAAAAUUGGCAAAAAGUUAUUAGAAAUGUUCUAUAAAUGGGGCUGCGACGGAAGUAGUGGUCAGGCCCAAUAUAAACAAAAAUUUAAUGACAACCCUUGUACAACUGACCAAACAAUGUUCAUGUUCUCUCUUGUGCCACUUGAACUUAGAUGCUGUAGUGAUGAUAGCAAUGAUAGUAGUGACGUAAUUUGGAAAAAUUCUAUGCCUUCCUCUACUAGAUUUUGUAGACCUAUUAAAUACAAAUUUAUGAAAGAAACAAUUGAAAGUACCAAAGAGGAGGUAAAAGAAAUUGAAAAACAAAUAAGCAAAUUAAAUACUACAUAUGUAUUAUUCAAUGACGAAUACUUUGAAGUAAAACAUACGCUUAUUUUUUCUAUGGUUGAUGGAAAGGUAUGUAAUUCUUUGACUGGAAUAUCUAGCCAAAAAUGUUUUAUUUGUGGAUGUAAACCAACCGAAAUGAAUGACAUUGAGGCAGUUAAAUAUCGACCAUGCAUAACAGAAAAUUAUAAGUAUGGAUUGUCAACGUUGCAUGCGUGGAUACGUUUUUUUGAGUAUUUUAUUCAUCUUUCGUAUAGAUUAGAAAUUAAAACUUGGCAGGUUAAGGCUGUAAACAAAGGACAUGGAACUACGAACGAUGGCAAUACUGCAAGGAAAUUUUUUAAAAACGCUGAAUUGUCAUCCUCCUGUACUGGAAUUGAUAUUAAUUUAAUGAAACGGUGUGGAACAAUUUUAUCGGUAAUAGCGAGCGGAUAUACAAUAAACAUAAAGGCCUUUGAAGAAUAUUGCUUUUUAACAGCUAAAUUGUUUGUAUCAUUGUAUCCAUGGUACUAUAUGCCGGCGUCAGUGCAUAAAAUUUUGUUACACGGUGCUCAUAUUAUUCAAUAUGCGCCACUUCCUAUAGGCAACUUAUCUGAGGAGGCACAAGAGAGUCGCAAUAAAGAUUAUAAAAUGUACCGAGAACAUCACACCAGAAAAAAUUCGCGCUUAAAUACUAAUGAGGAUUUAAUUCACAUACUUCUUAUCUCAUCGGAUCCUUACAUUUCUAGUAUCGAUAGAAAUAAGCAAAUGCAUUUAAAAGAGUUAUCAGAAGAUGGUAAGAUGUUAGUAAUAUUCCCUCAUAAUGAUGACAACUAUAAAGAAGAUGAAUUAAAUAGUCAAUUAAAUGAUUCAUUUUCAGACAUGAAUUUAUCAAUGGCAUAAUUAUUUUUUAUGUGUAUAAAACUAAA